AACUUUACACAUUUUAGAUUUUCGAUGUUUUAUUUCUAGUUUAUGUUUUUUUUUAAAAAAACAAGUCAUAUCUAAAGGCUUUCAGGGUUGUUUUGUUCCAGUGAUUACCGCCGUAUUUAACUCGAUUGUACCAAAUUGAUCGGCUACCUGUCAAUACGGACGCGAGGCACUAUUUCUCAGUGCACUCCAUCGAAUUUAGAAAAAAAGCUAACCGAAGUCGCCGCGUUUUUUGCACUUGUGUCAAAUUGUAUAAAUUUGAUGCCAAUCGGAUUUACUACUUUCGAUCUCAUUGCGGUAGUGACCAAAUUACUAGUACUGCACAAGUUGAUGAUUCUCUGAAUAUUAAUGUCUCCAAAUAUACAUAGUAUAUUGAAAACCAGUUAACACAGCAUGGUAGAAUGACACAGGGUCAGUGAUUGACUUGAAUCCACUUUUCCAAUUCCGAUAUCUGCAUUUCACUGCACACUAUGGAUAAUUGCAAACAUGUCAGCAAGCUACGUUUAGCACAGAACCACUCCAUUCUGAAUCCACAGAAAUGGUUAUGUUUGGUUUGCGGGACUACUGAAAGUGUUUGGGCAUGUUUGAGCUGCCCACAUGUGGCGUGUGGAAGAUACAAUGAAGAACAUGCCUUGAAGCAUUUCGAAGAACGGCACCAUCCAGUAGCUUUGGAAGUUAAUGAGAAAUACGUCUUUUGCUAUAUUUGUGAUGACUAUGUUCUCAAUGAUAACAGUGCCGGCGAUAUCAGACUUCUGCGUACCACCCUGACUGCUAUUGCAGCACAGAAUCUAGAAGAGAAGUCAACUCGAAGUGGGCGUGUCCGGAGACCAGUUACACCGUAUCCAGAUACCACAGAAAGCCCGGCUACUGAGAGACAGCUUCAUAUGGAGGACAGAGCUUAUACAGCCUUGUAUCAUCGACGACACAUCCUAAUGAAAAAGAUAUUCACUUCCUGGAGGAGUCUCAUAUCGAGCCGACAGAAAAAAAUGAAAGAACAACCGCCUCCCAAACAAGUCUCCAUAUGCACAGCAAAUAAUGCUGUUGCUAUCAGUAGUAAAAUUAAAAACAGUACUAGUAGUUUGAACAAUAGAAAAAGGCCAAUCAGUGCACUAGCUGAGUUGUCAUCUUCUGCUAGUAAAAGGAAAUGGACCUCCAUUACACCGGGGGUUACAGGGCUACGCAAUCUUGGUAACACCUGCUACAUGAAUUCUAUAUUACAAGUCUUGGGUCAUAUUGAGAAAAUUCGUGACUGCUUCCUUAAUUUGGACAUGCCAGACAUCCUUUUAAAAAAAGGAAUAGACAAUCGGAAUGGAAAUGGGAAAAAAAAAAUCUAUGCUAGGCAAACAACAGUUGAAUGUUAUAAGGAAGUUGAAACGCCAAGGAAUAAACAUAGAAAUGCAAGUUCAUCGCAAAGACAAUCAGCAAGCAAUGGCGGUCUAAGUGGUGGAUCGUCAAAAGGAGUUGAAAACUGGAAAUACAAGGAUCCUAAGACACUGAAAAGAAAUGUACCUCUUUGUCAUGAGUUACAUGCACUGUUUCGUGUGAUGUGGUCUGGUAAAUGGGCAAUAGUGUCACCACAUGCAAUACUGAGUUCUAUAUGGAGACUUAUACCCUCAUUUAAAGGCUAUUCGCAGCAAGAUGCACAGGAGUUCCUAUGUGAGCUAUUAGACAAGUUGAACUCUGAGAUGCAUUUUGCAGUGUCUUCCACCGUAGUGUCUCCCAAUCCCCGUAGUAUGCUGACUCCCAGCGAGAUUAUUAGUUCAAGUUUCCAGGGUCAGUUAGUUAGUCAAGUCACCUGUCUAGAGUGUCUCAUCAAUUCAAAUACUUACGAGCCAUUCUGGGAUCUAUCAUUGGAGUUCCCUGAAAGGUAUCAGUGCGGGAGAGGGAAUGAACUGUCCACAGAUAGCUGCCAUGUUACAGAAAUGCUAGCAAAGUUUACAGAAGUGGAAAAGCUUGAGGGCCGUGUGUACGAAUGUGAUUACUGUAACAGCAGACGACGGCGUGUAUCAUCAAAACCUAUCAUCAAAACUGAAGCUAGCAAACAACUACUUAUAACCACAUUACCUCAGGUGCUAAGACUUCAUCUCAAGAGAUUUCGUUGGUCUGGUCGAAUGCAUAGGGAGAAGAUUAAUGUACAUGUAGAUUUCAGUCAGAGGUUAGAUAUGAAACCGUUUUGUUCACCCAGUCUUGGCUGUGAACCACUUGAUUACGAGUAUGAUCUAGCUGCAGUGGUUAUACACCAUGGCAGGGGAUUUGGUUCUGGUCACUACACUGCUUACUGCUGGAAUGCUCAAGGAGGUUUUUGGGUCCACUGCAACGAUUCAAGACUCGAUCUCUGUUCCAUUGAAGACGUGACAUCAUGCCAAGCAUACAUUCUCUUCUACACUCAGAAGAAGUUGAGACCAAACAUUUGCUCUCCUCUGAUUGAAGACAGAGACGUUGAGAUGACAAUUAGUGGGAAUACUGAAACAUAGAAGCAAUUUUAAUCCUCCUAAAAGUCCUGGCCCAUUCACUCCUAAAUAAUCAUUCAUUGAUAAGAAUGUAGUGACCUUAUUUUAGGUUAGUCAGUGUAUGAGAUGCACUAGUUGGUAUCUUGUUUAUGUCAGACUAAAUCAUUUGAGUUUGAGGGAGAGAGGGGUGAAGUAGAUGGAUAUAGAUUAGUGUGAAUAAUAUGAAACUAUCUUGGUUGCAGAUGGAAGGAUGUCUGAAGUGUUGAACCUAACUUGAACCUUACCUUCCUGUGUAAACUUGAACCAAACCUUCCUGUGAUAAAAUUUUGUAGUUUUGCUUUUGACAAUAAAUCAUUUUAUUUCCACACUGCCAUUUCAACAAGAGAAUUCCAAUUUACAUGCACAUGUAUCAGGGAUGGUAUUGUGCUUAUUUGCAAAGCUUAUGAGAUUAUCAACACUGUCAGCUAAAUUUCACUACUCCUCUGAAAACUGGAGUCUCUUUGAAUUCUAAUUAGCUUGUGCUGUUAAGGUACCCACCACUCAGGUUUGACGUCAGCUGACCUUCCUAGUCCACAUUCCUAAAUCAAUGCUUUAUCUCUUCUUUUGGACAAUUACAAGUGUUUUUUCUGCUGUUGACUUUGUUUUAUAAUUGAAUUUUUAAUGUCAGUGUUGUACCUAUGCUGUUGAUACCCAUCCAAAAGUCAUUGAUUGCUACACUCUGCUUAAGAUUUCAUUGAAUGGAAAAAAUAAAAUAUUCACUGGGUUUAAAUUCACAGAUUUUCCAGUGAAACAGGUUCUAUAAUACAUGUGAGCAUGAAUUUAAAAAAAUUUAAUUACCAGUGAAAACAGCGUUAUUAAAACCUGUACCGUAUAAAAAUAAAUGAGACCAAUCUGUGGACUGCUCUUCCACCCACAAUUUAAUGUUAUUAAUGUGUCAGUUAUAUGAUGCAUUUUUUAACUGGACCAAAACUUUUCCAAUGUUGAUGGAACUACAAUAACUGUAAAAUAACAAGGAUUGCUAUAUUGUGAAUUUUAGUACUGUAUGCAAUUGUUGGAAAAAUUCAGUGUUGUGAUGGAGUUUAAUGUGUUUGUGUUGUAGUUAUUAGUUUCAAAUUAUUAGUUUUAAAGUUGCGCUAGUUAGUACCAGAUUUGUACCAAAUAUCAUGAUAGAUGUAGAAUAGAAUCUUUUUAUACAACUGAUAUUUAAGCAACCUUUGUGUAUUUGAUUUGAAAGCAAUGUAAAAAUGAGAACAAACUUGUCAUA